AUGGCCGUCACCGAAGGCCGCGCGGACGAGGUGGUCGCGCUGAAGGCACAUGCAGGGAUUCGCGGGAGGGAGGGGCUCCGCAAUGCCUUGCUCAUCGUCGCGCCUUCCCAGCCUACGCGUGGUGCGCGCAUUCGUCGCGCUGCCACCAAGGCAGACUUCGGUCGCGAGGAGGUGCUCUGCGCGGCUGAAGGGGCUGAGAACCCAACGGAGAGCGCGGCCGUCUACGUGGCGGAUGGCCCUGUGGGAGCAGAGUCGUUUUAUGAGUAUGCGCCGGUUGUGCUCGUGGGUGAUUCGUUCGCCAGGGGAGGCAAGGGCUCUAGUUUCACCCCAGCAGCACAUUACGCAUGUUGUGUCAUACACGGGCCUUGGUAUGACGACUUUCGACACUUGGUGACCGCGGCCGUUAACGAAAUUAUGAGACAAGGGUUUCUACGCCCGCGGGAGAUGAGGGGAGCAGAGGAUGAGAUGUGGAAAGAGCCUUGUAUGGAGGCGCUCGAUGAAGAGGAUGUCGUUGAGCUGGUCGCUGCUGCGCUGACCAAUAAGGACAGGACGACCCUACUGGGAUCUGCGUUGCAGAAAGCUGCAGUGCAUCUUGAAAAGGCAGCUGGUGAUGACGCUAUCCAUUUAGUUGAUGACCUGAUGCGGUUAGCAGCUAUCAGCGCGGGGUGA